UGCCAAGACUUUGAGUAUUUAAUCACGGGUUUUUGUUGAGGACAUUAUCAUUCGAUUGUUAGCUCCAACAAACUCAACAGUGUAGCAAAAAAAAUAGAAUUGAGGUAAUUAACUCGAAAAUGAUGUACAAAGCCAUAGUUUUUGCAGUGCUCGUCACGGGCAUUGCCGCUCAGUACGAGGAUAUAUGUGCACCAUGGCAAUCUGCGAAAGAUUUCAGAUCCUUAUUCAAGUUAGGUAGCUCCUGCCGUGAAUCACCACCGCAGAAAAGAAGUAUGAUAAUCCGAAAAGUUUGUGGACCCCCGAGCAAUAAUGUAGCACCACCGGAAGCUCUUUGCCUCAGAACUCGAAGUGACAUCAGCUGUAAUGAGGCACAACCUGAGACUGUGUGUUAUCAAACUCCCAGUGAGUCCUGCAAUAGACCAUCACCGCCACAAACUAUUUGCUUUACAACUGGAACUGAUCCCUGCAACAAACAGUCAGUACCGCAACCAGCUAUUUGCUUCCCAAGUGAGAGUGAUCCCUGUGGCAGCGGAGGCUCCCAAGGACUCAUAUGCUUUGCACCUGGAAGUUCCCCCUCCUGUGAGCAACCACCACAACCACAACAGCCAACCAUUUGUCUUACACCUGGAGAUGAUCCCUGUAGAAAUGGACCUGUAACUCCAGAACAGAUUUGUUUCACAGCUGAGAGGGACCCUUGUUGCCACCAGGCACCACCACAGCAAACAAUUUGUCUCCCACCUGUAAAUGUUCCAUCCUGCAAUCCAGCACCACCAUCACCCCCUGUUUGUAUUACCCGCGUAAGUGACCCCUGCUGCAAUCCGCAACCACCACAAUCUGUCUGUAUAACAUCUGGAAAUAGUGGCAGCGGUAAUGGAGGAUCAUCCCAAGGAUCCGUUUGCUUCACAACUGCUGGUCAGCCUGGUCAAGCACCACAAACGAUUUGUCUUCCAGCUUCGAGCGACUCCCGUGGCAACGAGGGAUCAUCCCAGUAUUUCGUGCUUCCAAAACCUUCUGGCUCUCCCGGUCAUGGCGCCCCAGGAGACCAGCGUGUAAUUAUUAGUGAGUCUGAUUACAAUAGACGACCAGUGAUGAGAGGACCUAUUAUUUAUGGAAACCAGAAUGGUCCUUACUACCAAGUUGGAUCAGGACAACGCAAACCUGUCGUCCUCAGGAGAUUGUGCAAGCCAUAUCCGAACGAGCAAGGAGGAUCCAACGCAGUCGUUGUCCUGGGAGGACAGGGAUCGCAAUCCAAUGCAUACGAAAAUCCAUUCAACGGAGCCACAACGUCUGGAGGACAUAUUCAUAUUUCACAAGUUGAUGGUCAAUCUCAACCCCAUUACCACGUGACACCAGGAAAUUCAAGAGUAGUGGUUCAUUCUGGACAGGGAUCGUCGGGCUUCCAGGGAGGAUCCAUAAGCAACGGAUUACCAGUACAGAGAGUAGUAGUUGUUGGACAGUCAGGUGGCUCCGGGGAUAACGAGCAACCAGGAUCACCAAGAGUUGUUAUUGGAUCACAAGGAUCUCAGCCUCAUUAUCACGGGCCAUCAUCAAAUUCAAGAAUAGUUUAUCAGGUUCCAUCAGGAUCAUCAUACGGUCAGGGUGGAUCGACAGGCAAUGGAUCGCCAGUACCGAGAAUAAUAGUUGUGGGACCAUCAGGUGGCCAGUCAGGGUCGGAAGUACCUCUUAUCAGUUCACAAGGAGGCCAGCCCCAUUACCACGUAACAUCAUCGGGUGGAAUACUACCCCAUGGAUCAAACCCUCAUUGUCACGUUCAUUGUCCAUAUGGGCCACCGUCUUGUCCAUGCGCAUCCGGAUGCCAUGAGUCUCCAGUACAGAGAGUAUUUGUUAUCGGACAACCAGGUGAUUCUGGUUGUGGUGAGCAACCAGCGCCUCAAGAAUGUGUUAUUGUACCACAACCACCUCAGCCCCAUUGCCAUGUUAUUCCUGCUCCGCCGGCACCCGCGCCCAGCGUAUGUGUAUCCAUCUGCAAUGAUCCUCCAGCACCGGAACCCUGUGUUAUAGAACAGCCCAGUGAACCCUGCUACAUUGAACAACCCGCGCCACCAACAACAAUUAUUGUUGAAGCACCGAGUCAACCAUGCAACCAUAUCGAGACCUCAGAGGAAGUAUGCAGUGAACCCAUCCAAAUCUGCAUGCGGAGUUCAGGAAGGUCAUCCAACGUCGGGGAUUCAUUAGGUUCAGCUCUCGGUGGCCGUCCCUACAUCAAGAGAUUGGCAAGGGGUCUUAUCAACCCACUAGUAAGACGAUGCAGACAAACUCGAGCACAAUCAUCAUCCUCAUCUUCGACUGACGGGUCUUCCAAGGAGCCAAAAACAUUUUUCUUCGAUGUCGACAAGCCCUGCAGUUGUAUGAAUGAGAAACCAGUCUGUACAUCACUGUCAAGUUCUGAGGAGUGAUCAUCAAAUUCGUCACCUCGUAAAUCGAGAAGAAUUGAAUUUAUUGAUCUAUCAUUUUAUGGUGGCGUGUGUAUUUCACAUGAUCCGUCUAAAAAUGAAUUCCCAUAGUGAUAUUGUAUCAUUCUCCCAUAAUAUGUACUCUCGAUGGUCUUCCUAUCACAACACCCGAAACCUGCUUACUCAUAUGGAUUAAUAAAAAUUAAUGACUUCUUGUUA